CUGCAGUCUGUCCAGGCCACCAUGGUCCUGUCUGUCAUCUUCAGCGUCCUGUCUCUGUUCCUGUUCUUCUGCCAGCUCUUCACCCUCACCAAAGGCGGCCGCUUUUACAUCACUGGAUUCUUCCAGAUCCUUGCUGGUCUUUGCGUGAUGAGUGCAGCGGCCAUCUACACAGUGAGGCACAGCGAAUGGCAUGUCAACACUGGCUACUCCUAUGGCUUCGCCUACAUCCUGGCCUGGGUGGCCUUUCCCCUGGCCCUCCUCAGUGGCAUUAUCUACGUGAUCCUACGGAAACGUGAAUGAGGCGCCCGACGCACCAUCCAUUGAGGCUCUGAGCGGGCAUAGGGUACACGGGGAGGGAGGUAGGAAACCAGAAAAGCAACUCCACAAACCAAAAGGAGCUAGCCCCAAAUCCAAACUCAAGUCCAACCAAACAGAACGCAGCCGAGUGGGGAUUGCUGUCAAUUGAAGAUGUAUAUAAUAUCGAUGGUUUAUAAAACCUAUUUAUAACACUUUUUACAUAUAUGUACAUAGGACUGUGUGCUUUUUAUGUUUGACUGUCAGCCUCGUGUUGAACCUUAAAGAACUUUACAUUCUAACACUAUAACCAAGCUCAGUAUCUUUGUUUUGUUUUUGUUUUUAUUUUUGUUUUGUUUUCAUCUUUUGUUUUGCUCAGAAGUAAGAACUCCCACGUGGUCCCUUUCAUCCAAAAGCAGAUACCUCCCUCCCACUCAACCUCAUAGGAUAACCAAAGUGUGGGGACACACCCCAAAUGGCCAGAGGCCUUCACACUGUGGGUGACCCGGUGCAUUUAGCAGGACUACCCACUGCCUGAAUGGCUGUGUGGGGCCCUAAGCACUCGCAGACGAAACGCCCUGAACCAGAGCCCUCUGCAGAAACAUGGCCGGCAACUCUGGAACUCUUGUCCUUGCAGGCAGAGUACCAGGGCCAAGCAUUUAAAUGAGAAGUCAGAGACAAGGAGUCUGUGAAAUGGUGCUAUGGAUUUACCAUUCCUCGUGAUUACUAAUCAUUUAAACCACUCACUGGAAACUCAAUUAACAGUUUUAUGACAUAAAGCAGGACGGAGACCUGAAUAAUGGUGUGUGACGUAAACGGUUCAUAACUGCUUUCGUACCUAGCUAGGCUGUUGUUAUUACUACAAUGAGUAAAUCUCAAAGCCUCCAUCGCUCCCACAGUUUUCUCUCGGUCGGAGCAUCAGGACAAGUGUCUAGACCCUUGGGAUUAUGAGUUCCCUGGCUUGCUGGGUCUAGAGUGUUUCUGUGCCUCCAAGGACUGUCUGGCAAUGACUUGUAUCGGCCACCAACUGUAGGUGUAUAUACGGUGCCCUUCUGAUGCUAAGACUCCAGACCUUUCUGUUUUUGCUUGCUUUUUCUGAUUUUAUACCAACUGUGUGGACUAAGAUACAUUAAAAUAAACAUCAGAGUAACUCA